GGGGUAAAAGUUUUCCGUCUCACGACGGAAUUCCGUAUUUUCGGCGAUCUCCGAGGUCGUUUUUCUGAAUGACGUAAAUCCGAUGAGAAAUCGGGUAGGGUGUGUGUGCAUGCCUCAUUAAUUAGCGAGUGCACAUUGCUUGAUACAUUAUUUUGAAUAGAUUUGUCCAUCUCAGACCCGUUUGCACAAAUUUUCUACAAGUGGGAAAUACCUAUUACAUUACGGAGAUUGCCGAUGAAAAGUUGAGCUAGUUUAUACAAGAACAGAUUUGAUUGGACGUCGUUAUUUUCACCAGCCAAUGAAAUCGUUUGUUGCAUAGUCAUUUGAUUUCAAAAUACAUGUACAAAAAUUAUCAGUGUUUUACAAAAACAACAACAAUGAAGUGUUUACCGCCUGGUUUUAAUACUAACGAUCUGGAAAAAGGUGCAAAAAACAAAUGGAGGUGGGAGUGGUUAGCGGAAAAGGACUCUAAAGGUGAAAAAUGGGAUGCUUGGUUGAAGAAACCAAAUGCAAUGGGCAUUGCCUUUUGUGAAGCCUGUUCCAAAACGAUCAACUACAAAUCGAACGGAAAAAAGGUGCUUCGUAAUCACGCUGAAGAUGAGGACCACAAAAAGAAUCUUAGGACAGUAAAAACAAACCAAGUACUGCCAGGCUCAUCAAAAGCUGUGGACAAAAAGAUUGAAAGCAUGCAAGACCGCAUUGCCAAACAAAGAGCAAUCACAACUGCCUUUCUGAGUGAACAUUGUCUGCCAUUUUCCAUAGCGGGCGAUCUCUUAGAUCUUGCCAAACGUGUAUUAAGCAAAAAAUGUAAAUAUGGGAGUGAGAAAAAAAAAUUACAGACACAAGUUCCUCAACAAGUGGAAGACAAUGGAAAAGAAUUAAAUCUAAGAUAUGAAAUAGAAAAUAGUAAAAAGAAUGAACAUAAUCCAUUUAUGUGGAUUGUAUAUGUAUUGCUCAGUGAAUUUGUGUAAAUUUUAACAUAUCAUUUUAAUUACAUCUGAAGAUAAAUAAAGCACUUGAGUAUGUA